AUGAAAACCACGAGCCCUACUGCCCCAUCCCCAUGCAGCAGCAGCAGUCUCCCUGGCGACAGCGUGGAUCCUGAGCGCCCUCUACAGCAGCAGCAGAUCAGCAGCAGGCAGGCAUACCUGUCCGCAAACACCAACGCUGUGGCAAAGAAGGCACAACAGCGUCUGCACUUCUGGAGAGUGCUCAGGAAGAACGGCAUCAGCCAGAAGCUGCUGAGCGCGGUCCAUCACCAGAGACAACCCCCUUCCUGCCCACCACCUGUCCGACCUGCUCCCCUCUGGCAGACGUAUUUCAUUCCUAUCAUCACAACAGCCGAGAGCGUCCAUCUGCGACAGGAACAAAGGAAGCAGCAGUUAAAAGAAGUGUGUCACGCAGACAAAGAGACAUUUUCUGAAAUGAAUCGCAGUUUAGAAAACAUGAGUCGCUGGGAAUUUCAGAAUCUCAUUGUGGAUGACAAACAUGGCAUCAUCUACUGUUACAUCCCUAAGGUGGCCUGUAGCAACUGGAAGAGGGUCAUGUUUGUCCUUAGACACAGUGAGCCAUAUCCUGACCCUGCAUCCAUCGAUAGGGAGUUUGUCCACACCCCGAACAUGUUCCCCCUCCUGAGCCGCUUUCAAAAAACAGAGAUCGAGGUGAAACUUAAGCAUUAUACCAAGUUCUUGUUUGUCCGUGACCCAUUUGUCCGUCUCAUCUCUGCCUACCGGGACAAGUUCCAGCACAACAAAGAAAAUGAGUACUUCUAUCAGUAUUAUGCAAAGCUUAUAAUGAGGGUUUAUGGCAACCAGGCUAAUCUGCCAAAGACAGUGGGCGAGGCGUUUGCAUCAGGCGUGUACCCCUCAUUUUACAGCUUCAUUCGGUACCUACUGGACCCAAAAACAGAAUGGAAUCAGGCCUUCGAGCCCCACUGGAGGCAGAUGUAUCGUCUGUGCCACCCCUGCCUCAUACAGUAUGAUUUUAUUGGACACCAGGAGACUCUUCAGGAGGAUGCUCAAGAGCUGCUGAAGAUCUUAAACCUGGAGCACUACAUCAAGUUUCCUCCCUCCUAUGAAAAUAUGACGUCUCCUGAUUCCGUCACAAACUGGUUUAAAACAGUACCCCUGCAGGACAGGAGGAGGCUGUACAAGAUUUAUAAGAGAGACUUUAAUCUUUUUGGCUACAAAAGGCCAAAUGAACUGCUUGAUGUUUGAGUUCAGGAAAUCAAAAUAACUUCAUUAUUCA